AUGAAUUCCUAUCUGCUCAACAGAGCCCUCGGGUCUAUAACCCCAGAUGACUUUCAUGUCGCUCAAACAACCAGACUAGUGCACAGCAUCGAGCCGGCUCCCGGUAUAAGAUUCUCCAGCCGCAAAUCAUUGACACCAACAGACCGAUCCCAGGAUGAUGUGGCGCCUUUGGAUCAAGAGCUCGAUGCUUCAGCAGAGGUUUCCGCUCAUAAAUCUGGCGUUAACUGCCUGGCUGUUGAUCAGUUUGAUGGUCGAUAUAUGAUAUCGGGCGGUGCCGAUCCAUCAAUCCAUCUCUGGGACCUGGAAACAAGAAACUCAGAACUUGAGCAUGUCCAUCAGUCUUGCGCGUCAGUCAACAAAUCAUCCCAUCCUGAUGCGCACACGCAUGCGAUUACCUCCCUCUCGAUAUACCCGUUUGAUCCGGUCCCUUCGACAAUAUUCUCGACAGCACACGAUGGCACAUUGAAAUUGUCAGCGCUACAAGCGCCCUCCAUCACACCUGUUCAUACAUUUAAUCUGGACUGCACGCCGUUUUCGCACUCGUUCUCUUCACAGCCCGGGUCAACGUUACUUGUCGCAGUCGGCACAUCCGAACGAUCGGUACGGCUGGUAGACUUGCGGUCUGGACUAUCGACGCAAGGAUUACCGGGACAUAAUGGCGCGGUUUUGUCAGUUGCGUGGGCUCCUCACCGACCACACUUGCUGGCUUCUGGCUCGGUUGAUAAUAAGGUCAUCAUCUUCGAUGUACGUCGCGGGGGACACAAUUCUGCUAUCGCGACCUUGGACAUGGACGAUCCGGUGGGACUGGUCGCUCCAGGCACAGGGUCCGCACCUGCAUCUUACGAGAGUCGCCUGGCCUUUUCUCGACACGCCCGUGCUCAUAAUGGCCCUGUGACAGGGGUACGCUGGACGUCUAAUGGCAGCCAUAUCGUUACAACAGGACAAGACUCGCGGAUCCGAGUCUGGGACUCUGGGACGGGUGCUAACACACUCGUUCAUUUCGGUCCUCGUGUUCGUAAUAGCUCUACGUCUCAUCUGGCAGAACGGGCGCCAUUGGUUGUCCCUAGGGGCUACAUGAGCUUGGGUCACGAGACGUUGCUCUGGCCCAACUUCAAUGAACAGGAUGAUCGCGGUGAGAUUUUAAUGUUCGAAUUCCGCGAGGGAACAUUCGUUAAGCGUCUCCGGGUGCCUGGAGUUAUGGUUGGGUCACAGAACGUCCGCGGGCGCUCGACUGCUCUCAGCGCCGCACGGGUCAACGAUCUUGUUUGGCGUGGCAACGGUGGUUCAGGAGAGGGGAUAGAACUAUUUUCGGCACAUGGCGACGGAACCAUCCGAACAUGGGCAUCUCGUGAGCCAGACGGCGAGCCUAAUGAGGCUGACACAAAAGCUGUAGCAGAUCGCAAAAGGAAGCGAGAUGUUCUUGAAGAAUUAUCCCGAGGAUUCCUCGAGCCUGAUCAACCCAGUCUACGAAUUUGA